UCACAGAGCCUCCCUCUCCCAGCAUUCCUUGCACAAAAUGGCGUCCAGCGUGGGCUAAAUUUUUGCCAACAAAAACAAAUUUGGUAUUUUACUAGUUUCAGUCAGUCUACAGAGGUUUUAUCUAAAUUCAGCUGCAUUCAGAAGGUAGCCAAGAUGGGGAGGAGGUCGAUCAACACCACCAAGAGUGGGAAAUACAUGAACCCCACCGAUCAAGCGAGAAAAAUGGCUCGAAAGAGAGAACUGAAGAAAAACAAGAAGCAGCGAAUGAUGGUUCGACAUGCAGUACUGAAGUCCAAAGACCCAAAACAGAUUCUGGUGGACAUGGAGAAGCUUGACCAGAUGGAGUUUGACUCAGCCCAACCCAUCCGUCUGAACGAAAAAGUUCUGAGAGACAAGAGGAAGAAACUGAGGGAAACUUUUGACCGAGUUCUAAAGCUAUAUGAAAAAGAGGAUCCUACUCUGUGCGAUGAAAUGAAGAGAAUGAUGGUGGAAUAUGAGAGGAGAAGACAACAAGCAAUCACAUACUUUGAGUCGGUGAAACAUGCCCAGCAGGUGACAGUGGAAGACAUCCCCCUCCCAGAGCAGCCUGACCUACCACAAAAUGUGUCCAUGAUUCCCCUGCCCAGUGACAUUCCCCUCCCAGGAGCUCAGCCACACUCCAUCCUCAAGAAGACUAGUGCCUAUGGAUAUGACCGGCCACCCCCUGGCCCCCCUCCAGGCCUCCCCCAGGGACUCCCCCUCGGUAAGAAACCCCCAGGCCCCCCUCCUGGUCCCUCCCCCGGCCCCCUCCAGGACCACCCCCCAGGUACAUGCUGGAUGAGGACAUGGAUGAUGACAGGGAUGAGGAUGAUGAGGCGUACGAUCCUGAAAAAGAUUUAUUUUUCUGUCUUUCCUGUCUGUCUGUCUGUCUUUUCUGACUUCUUCACAUUGCCUACUGUUGGAUGA